AUGAACCCUCAACUGGACCCAAUUCUCCCAAAUCCCAGAGCUUUCAUACUCAAUAGGCAUCCUGAUGAGUUAAGGCCGGUUCAGCUAGGUACAGGGCAGCUGGUAAUAGUUCGACAGCUCUUCCAGAACUUCCGGUCCGGGAAACGUAGAAACAAACUAAUUGCACAACCAGUCAUUAAAUAUUAUUCCCGUAGUCCGAAAUGCAGGUUCCUCUUCGUUUUGGGACAUCUUUCAAAAUUCGAUUUUAACCAAGACCAAGAUAUGCCAAAACCCUGUCGACGGAGAUGGGAUCGGCCAGCUGAAAUAAACUCCAGCUCGUUUAAUUCACGGAGAGGGCAACGAGAAUACCAGUGGAAGGCGGAUGUAUUCAUUGACCAAGUCUUCGAUGACGCCUCGAUAGAGACUCUCAGCCUAACGCAGUCUGGAAAACUGUCUUUGAAGAAGUGCUUGGGAUUUUUAAUCAUGCCAGUACGGAGUAAGCCUGUAGCUUUUAUCAAAAACGUAGAUAAACUACGAAAAGCUAGCCACAUUAUAGCGAUGGUUAAAUCUACAGCGAUACGGAGUGCUUGGCUAUCUGGUUAA